AUGCAGAGUUUCGUCGGUAUUCUAAUCGUUGGCCUAGCUGCCGUUCUCCUUUCGGCAGGACCUGCUCAGGCUGGUAUCCAUGGCCUGCCGCCAUUGUAUCGUGAAUCGGGAAAUUUGGAAAAUCCAAAUCGUCGCCUGGAUGCGCGUGCCGAUGAUCUGAAUUAUCGUUUGCCCAAUAAUACUCUACCCACACACUAUGACGUUGAAUUGACCACUAAUGUUCAUGAUGGUACUAAAGAAUUUACAGGUACCGUCAAAAUUGAUGUAACCAUUGUAGAGGCAUCCAAAACUUUGGUUCUGCAUGCUCGUCAGCUUUCGAUUAAAUCGGCUAAAAUUGAAAGUGCCACCACGGGCAGUGAAGAAUUGAGUUUUCAGUAUGAACUGGAGAGAGAAUUUUUAACAUUGAGCCGUAAAACUGAUGUCAAUUUUGCGGAGGGUUCUCAAUGGACUGUCACACUGGAAUAUGAAGGUGAAUUACGUACGGACAAUGGUGGUUUCUAUUUGUCCACCUAUACCGAUGUUGAUGGUAAUACAAGAUAUUUGGCUACCACCCAAUUUGAAAGUACCGAUGCCCGUCAUGCUUUCCCCUGUUACGAUGAACCCAAUAAGCGUGCCACUUUCACCAUUACCAUCAAUCACAGCCCCACCUAUAAUGCCAUCUCCAACAUGCCUGUUAAUGAAGCUGCCUCCACUCCUGGCAGAACAGUAUUCCAAAAAUCCGUCAACAUGCCCACCUAUAUUGUUGCCUUUAUUGUAUCGGCUUUCGAAUAUACCGAAGGUGUUUUGAAUGGUAUACCCCAGCGUAUCUAUUCACGUCCCGAAAGUAAACACGAACAAGAAUGGGCUUUGGUAUCGGGUAUGCUGAUUUUGGAACGUUUGGCUGAAUAUUACAAUGUUGAAUUUAUGUUGCCGAAAGUGGAUCAAGCGGCGAUACCUGAUUUUGCUGCUGGUGCUAUGGAAAAUUGGGGUUUGGCCACCUAUCGUGAAGAGUAUAUGUUGUACAAUAAGGAAACUUCGACUGUGGCUACCCAGACGAAUAUUGCCAGUAUUAUUGCCCAUGAAUAUUGUCAUCAAUGGUUUGGCAAUUAUGUUGCUGUUCAUUGGUGGACUUAUUUGUGGUUGAAGGAAGGUUUUGCUGCCCUGUUCGCUUAUAAGGCUACGGAUGCUGCCUAUCCUGAAUGGGGUAUUUGGCAACAAUUCCACACAGAUGACUAUCAAACGGCCUUGAAUGUUGAUGCUGGCAACUCACCCCGUCCCAUGACCCAUUAUGUCCAAAAACCUUUGGAAAUCUUGAGCCUUUAUGAUAGUAUCUCCUAUGCCAAGUCUGCUUCGGUCUUGAACAUGUGGAGUCAUGCUUUGACCGAUAAAGUUUUCCAACGUGGUCUACACAAUUAUUUGGAUACCAACCAAUACAGCAGCGCCGUUGAAGAUCAACUAUUUGUGGCCAUACAAAAUGCUGCCAAAGAAGAAAACUACGCCAUUCCAGCGGAAAUUUCUGCUAUGAUUGGUUCAUGGUCACGUCAAGGUGGUUACCCUCUGUUGACAGUUCAACGUAAUUACACCGAUGGUUCUUUCACGGUCACCCAAAAGGCUUUCUAUAACGAUGAAAAAACCCAAUCGGAUAAACUUUGGUAUAUACCCUUCAAUUAUGCCUCACUAUCGAAAUCCGAUUUCCGUGAUACUGAAGCUACCAAUUAUUUACUUAAUGUUCCCACCGUUGAAGUCCAAGCCAAAUUGGCUAAGGAUGAAUGGUUGAUUUUGAAUAAACAAUCUACUGGUUAUUAUCGCAUCAAUUACGAUGAAGAGAAUUGGAAACUGAUUACUGAGGGUCUCAUCCAGAACCCCUACAAAAUUCAUCCACGCAAUAGGGCUCAAUUGAUGCAUGAUGCCUAUCGUUUUAGUGCCUCUAAUCGUUUGCCACAUGCCAUACUUUUGGAAAUGUUCAAAUAUUUGCCCAAAGAAGAUCAAUAUGCUCCAUGGUCCACGGUUAAUGGUAUUAUCACCGUAUACAAUCGUUAUUUGAGCGGUGAUGCCAGAUAUUGGGAUUUCCAAAGUUUUGUCGCCGAUGUUGUCACUCCCAUUUAUGAAAAGUUGGGCAUCAACGACAUACCCGGCGAACAUCAUAUGCAGAAAUAUACCCGCAAUGUUGUCAUCAAUAUGGCCUGUUUGGCUGGCAUCCAAAGCUGUCUCACCGAGACCAACAACAAAUUGAAAGAUUUGGUAGAGAAAGGUACUGCCAUCGAGCCCAAUGUACAAAGUCAAAUUUACUGCAAUGGCCUAAAACAAUCCGGCAACACUGUCUUCCAAUAUGUUUUCAAUGAACUCAUGGAAUCUUCGGAUCAGGCAUUCCGUCGUGUUCUCAUCUCCUCUCUGGGCUGUUCGCAAAACGAACAACAAUUGAAGACAUUCUUGGAAAGUUCCAUUGACAAGGAUAAUAAAUUGCGUACCCAAGAACGUAUCACCAUUCUCAGUCCAGUCUAUUCACGUGGUUCGGUUGGACUAAUGGCCACUAUCGAUUUCUUGGAUCAACAUUGGGAUGAAUAUGCUAACUUGGAGCCUGGAUUUAGUGGUAGUAAUCCAUUGGAUGAUGCUUUGCAUGGCAUGUCUUCGUAUGUUGUGAAUAGCGAACAGGAGACUAAAUUUUUGGCUUUAAUCGAUAAGGUGAAAACAUCGAGCUAUGUUAGUUCCAAUUUGGAAACGAAUGUUAAGGCUAACAUACUAGCCAACACAAAUUGGUUGAAGAGUAAUCGUGAUCCCUUGAUGAAUUGGUUCCAAUCGUACAACAUUAAGAGUGGUAGUGCUGUUAUCAGUGGUUCCACCAGCAUGGCCAUUGGUACUCUUUUGUUUUUGGUUAUCUCUCGGCUAUUUUAA